AACCCGAGUUCAAUUCUCGGUGGAACCUUUCUUUUUUUCCCUCUCCGGCCAAUCUUUUCGAUUUAUGUGCGAACAACCCUAAAUACGACAACGCCGGUCUCUCUCUUACUGCGACACUUCUUCUUUUUGCUUUCAGAAGAUGGAGAUGGUUCCUCCUCUUACUACACAGAAGAGAAUAGAGGAAACAGUGAAGGGAAUACUCAGAGAAGCAGACAUGGACCUCAUGACCGAGUUCAAGCUCCGCAUCUCCGCUUCUUCUAUUCUCGGCUUCGACUUAUCAGGUGCCAAUCACAAGAAGCUUAUCAGAGACGUUCUCGAAGCCUUCCUCCUAUCGAAUCCCCCCGACGAAGACACGAUUGCUCCGGUCGAUCCUAAUCCUCCUCCUACCGCUACGGCUUCAGCUGGUAGUGGAGAAGAUGAACGCUUUAUUUGUAAGUUAUCGGAGAAGCGAAACGCUACGGUUCAAAAGUACAGAGGCCAACCUUUUUUAUCUAUUGGUGAGAGUUCUAAGGAAGAUGGAAAGCCUUUCCGAGGAGUACAUUUGUCAGCUAACCAGUGGUCUGUGAUCAAGAAGAACUUCUCCGCAAUAGAGGAAGCCAUUAAGCAGUCCGAAUCAAAAUUAAAAUCUGAAUCAAAACAAAACGGAGAUACAUCUAAUACCAGUUUUAGUUUUUCCAUCAUUGAAACUUCACGUUUUGACGGGAGGAGUUACCUUCGCUGGGCGUCACAGAUGGAGCUUUUCCUAAAGCAACUGAAUCUUAGUUAUGUUCUCUCUAACCACUGUCCUGUUGUUACCAACACCUCUCAACCUGAUUCCGCCGGAAAAAACUGGUUGAAAGAUGAUUACCUAUGCUACACUCACUUGCUAAACUCCUUGUCGGACCAUCUACACCGUCAAUACUCUAAGAGAUUCAAGCACGCCAAAGAACUGUGGGAGGAGUUAAAGUGGGUGUACCAGUGUGAAGAGUCUAACUCGAAGAGGUCACAGGUGAGGAAGUACAUUGAGUUUCAAAUGGUGGAAGAGAGACCGGUUCUUGACCAAGUCCAGGACUUUAACAAGAUUGCUGAUUCCAUAGUGAGCGCUGGUAUGUUUCUAGAUGAGACGUUUCAUGUGAGCACCAUCAUCUCCAAGUUUCCGCCUUCCUGGAGAGGGUUCAGCACCAGGUUGAUGGAAGAGGAGUUUUUACCGGUUUGGAUGUUGAUGGAACGAGUCAAAGCUGAGGAGGAGGAGGUUCUCAGAAACGGACCGCAGAGGCUUACGUACAGACCAGCAACAAGGUCUUGUCAGAUGGAAAGGAUGCCGCCGAGUAUAGGAAGGGGUUGGAAGAGGAAAGAACCUGAGAGAGAUGGGAGGGUCAGUAUUGUUUGUGAUAACUGUGGGAGGAGAGGACAUCUUGCAAAGAACUGCUGGGGUAAGACACUUGAGGAGAGAGCUUCCGGGAAACCAAACCGAGUUUCCUUUUCAUCCACUUCACCUGUUGGUUCAGAGACUCAAGCAACAACCAAGAAUGAUUCAAGAACCAUCAGCUAAUAAAAAGGUGAAUCUUCUUAUCAUUUCAAAUGUAAUAUUAGUGUAACUAUUUGUUUUACAACACUACCAAAAAGUUUUGUUCAUAGAUUGAACUCAGCAAUCAUAUACUUUAGUAAACUAUAAAGCGAUAGAAUUACACACUAAUCAACGAGGAUUUAACU